AUGACAUCAAUGGGCUUCAACUCAGGAUUUAGCGAAGCCGAAAUGUUUCUGGCAACCCUGCAAUCAGAGGAUAGCAGCGACGGCGACAAAAGUGACUACAACGGGUACGGGCUGCUUCAAGAGUCGCCGGACCAGUCAAUGGGCAACUACGGGGCGUGGAAUAACAAGCAGGAGCCAAAUUUGACGCCCGAGUCAUUCCACUCGGGAGUGGCGGAUUUGGCGGAGCCUCGUGCGCCGACGCGGCCAGCACAGGACGUGCAAGCGGGGCCGGGCGGGGUUAGCGCGACACCGCUCCAGCAGAUCAGCUCGUUCGGGAGCUCUUCGUCUUACGCCAACGGGUUCGACGUGAGCGCUGGCGUCAACGCCGGCGCGCCUGACUCUGCCGUGCGAAUCAAGGAAGACGCUUCGCCGGAACUGAGCCUGGAGCCACACGAGCUGCGCGAGCUGCUCGCGGACGGCUCGCACGAGGCGCAGGCCGGGUCUGUCGGUGGUCCGGGCUGCUCGAAAGUGUUCAAGCCCAAGCGCGAGCGCACCUCUCACAACGUUAUCGAGAAGAAGUACCGCACAAACAUUAACGACAAAAUUUUGCAACUGCGUGACAUCGUGCCCACUCUGCGUGUGGCCACGAAGCGUGAGGCGGGGCUCAUGAUCACCGCCGAGGACCACGAGGAACUCGACGGCCUGGACCCCGCUCGCAAGCUGAACAAGGCUUCGAUCCUGGUCAAGACCAUCGAGUACAUCCGUCACCUCGAAAACAAGUGCGAGGCCUACAAGUACGAGAAUACGAAACUGAGGUCAGGCCAGGCUUUUACUACCCCUGAAAGCGACCGCCACGCUUCCGCGGGCUACAGCGAGCUUGCGCCAACCGGCAUUCAGCAAGCCCCUACGCAGAGCACACCCUACGCAAACGCUUAUCCAACGACAUCAAAGGAUAUGACUAGCCAAUUCUUGAUGGGGGGUCUCGCACUGACGAUGGGCGCGUCUUGCUUUGGCGAAGGAAACGACUACGACAACGCCAAGGGACUUAUGUCCUUGCCCGUCUUCCACUACUCGCCAGCCAGCGGGUUUACGAUGACAAACGCAAACGGCGUAAUUAACCUACCUACAGCGUUGCUGUCGCUUUUCCGGAUCUUUCUACUGUUUGCGACCGCCUUCCACCUGCUAAGUUCGUUAGCGCUUCGCUUUCGCCAAGGCAAGGACAAAACUCGGGAAUUUCCUGUCGUCCAGUUUGCCGACACCGUCUGUCUUGGUACUGGCUUAGUUGACACAUUGAAAAAGACCAUGAUUAUCAACCGCUUGAAGUACCCGGUUAACUCGAUUGAGAGGAUCGAAUCAGAAAUUGCCAACUGCUUCGCACUGAAAUUGUACAACCCUUCCUUCCCAUUGAAUGUUCUGGCUGCUAGACACAUAGACUUUACAUGGUCUAAGAUCAAGGAGCAAGUCGAAACCGCCAACAAGAGGAGCAAAGGUGCUCUUAAAAACGGAAUCGAGUGGGAGAUGAUCACUAACGUCUUGACAACAUCUAAAGACGACACAUUAUCUCGCGGUCAACUGUUGGAAGCGCUAGCAAGGAAGGGAACUUUCACACUUGAGGGACUAGUGGAAUUUAUCAACAAUUUUUUGGUCAAGACGAGAAACGAGAGCGUGGUGGUUGACCUACUUGAAGAAACAUGCGCGUCGGAGCGCCCCAUUAAAGAGGUAGUGGAAAACGUUUUUGAAACUGAAGUUUUUAACAAUGAAAAGCUGCAGUUGUCCUCUGACAACUUCGUGAUGCUUCGGUGUCUGUUUGAGAACACAGAGAGCAACAUUGACUCCCUACUGAAGCUUGUAAAAGCCAACACAGGCCUCGGCUCUGAAAAGGGAUUUAAUCACGACCAAGUUCUGGUUCUUUAUUCAAGCAUAGUGCAGAACCUGAUCUCUCAAAACCAGCUCAAACAGGCCUACCAUUGGGUCUCGAAAAUUUCUCCUGAGCUUGUGAACACUGAGGAAGUUUCAAUUGUUGGAGUCGCUGCUGUUUUUCUGCUGCUACGAUCUCUGAGGGAGAACGAUGCUGAUGAAAAUGUUCAGUCUAUUUAUCCAAGGCUCGAAUCCUUGAGCGGAAAGCUUAGAGUUUGGCUGGGAAGCGCCACGGGUGGUUGCUUGAACCUGGGAUUGAGGGGCAAGCUAGUUGAUUUUUGUGUGGAUACUACCCUCAAAUGUGGCAUGACAGCUGCUAAAGAACUUGAGGAGGACACGGACGUGGAGGAGGACCUCGACGAAGUUAGCGAUGACGAAGCCGGUGAUUUAUGA